AUGGAGCAACAUCAACGUUUAUUAUAUUCAUCAUCUUCUCAUACACCAAAACAUGAAUGGCGUCAACAAUCAACAUAUUUUCCUCCAUCACCACCUAUAACAAAUAAUAAUAAUAAUAAUUCAUGGAUUCGACCAACAUCAUCAACAUUAACAAAAGUCACUCCGAAUAGUGACGAUAAUUCAAAUUAUUAUCAUUCUUGGUUACAUACAAUACCAACACCAUCAUCACCUAUUUUAAAUUCAACACAUCGUCAACGUUAUAUACCAAGAUUUGCAUCAAUUAAAUCUCAUUCACCUAAUUAUUAUCCAUUAAUGCAAGCCAAUUUACAAAAAGAUACGACAUUUACAAAAAUAUUUGUCGGAGGUUUACCUUAUCAUACAACUGAUGAAACAUUACGAGCAUUUUUUUUAAAAUUUGGUGAAAUUGAAGAAGCUGUUGUUAUUAAUGAUCGUAGUACAGGAAAAUCACGUGGAUAUGGAUUUGUAACAAUGGUACGUAAAGAAGAUGCUGAAGAAGCUGUUAAAGAUCCCAAUCCAACUAUUGAUGGUCGUCGUGCUAAUGUUAAUUUAGCUUAUAUGGGUGCAAAAAAUCGUACAACAACAUUACCACUUGGUUAUAGUGUACUUGCUCGAAUGCCAACAUAUCAAUCAACAGCUACAGCUUAUCCGUCAAAUGUUAUAUAUUAUCCAUUAGCGCAACAAUCAACACUUCAACAACCAAUAUAUAUAUCACCAACAACAGGUGCAACAGCAACAACAUGGCCAUCAAAUAUAUUUUCACAAUUUAAUCUUGCAAAUUUAGCAACAACAACAUCGAAUACAAAUGUAUCAGGAACAUUAAAUCCUGGUACAUCAUCACCACAAACUCUUUAUGAAGUUCCAACUGCUUUAUUUGAACCAUCGGCUAUUGUAUCAUCACCACCAACAAUUGCUGGUAAUACACAAACAACUGGACAACAAUUAUAUUGGUCAAGUUAUAGUUAA